GGUGCCUCUUGCCCCGGAAGGAGUGCACUGUAAGCCUUUCUCCCGGCGUUGCGAUAUGGAGACGUCCUGGUUUCUGGUCUACUGCUUCCUUGUUCUUGGGUCCGGAGUUGAGUGCGCUUCAAAGGCACCUGUAGAAGGAGAAAUUCUCGAUGAGGAACGGGGAAAAAUGUACGCAAAGGAAGCGGAGGUCUUACUCACAGACAUGUGUUUGAAGUCUACCGAGGUAUCGUGGAACUACGGCAACAAUCUGACGGAACAUAACAAGAAUUUGAGUAUCGAGCAGAGUCUAGUGUCUGGUGCCCUCUACAAGGAGGUUUGGAAGAACAUGACGCAAUUCAAGUGGACCACGUUCAAGGAUGAGCAAACGCGCACCAUCUUCAGACGCUUCUCGACUCUGGGUACCUCGUUGCUGCCCGAAGACAAGCAGAAGGAAUACUUGAAGAUAGUUGCUGAUAUGAAAGGAAAUCAUGCUGCUGCCAAGAUCUGCCCCUUUCACCGUAUGACCAACCAAAGUGACGAGUGUAACGUGCCCUUAGAACCAACUAUCAAGAACAUUCUCCAGGACUCCAGAGACUACGACGAGCUGCUUCAUGUUUGGAACGAAUGGCGAAGAGUAUCGGGAAGGCCCUUGAAGGCCCAGUAUUCUCGCUACGUGGAACUCCAGAACGAAGCCGCUAUGAUAAACGGCUUUGACGAUGCAAGCGGAAUGUGGCAAGAAAGCUACGAAUGUGAGGACUUCGAGGAAAGCAUUGAUCAGCUAUGGGAGCAGUUGCAGCCCUUGUACAAGGAACUGCACGCGUACGUUCGGGCAAGGCUGCACGCCCUCCACGGCGACAAAGUGAGGGAGGACGGCCCCAUUCCCGCACAUCUUUUGGGUCAGAUCCACUCCCAGCAAUGGAACUCAUUGUACAAGUUCACACAGCCAUAUCCCGGAAAACCAACUGUUGAUGUGACUGAUGCAAUGUUAAAAAUGAACAUGACUCCGACAGAAAUGUUCAAACUUUCCGAAAAAUUCUUUACAUCCAUGGGGCUUCCACCAAUGCCCGAUUCCUUCUGGGAAAAGUCGGUGCUGGAGAAGCCGACAGACAGAGAAAUUGUUUGCCACGCAUCUGCUUGGGAUUUCUGUGGAAGCGGUGAUGUGCGAAUAAAGCAAUGCACGCAAGUCAAGAUGGAUGAUCUCCUAGUCGUCCAUCAUGAGAUGGGUCACAUUGAAUACGACCUCAAUUAUGCCAAGCAACCGUAUUACUUCAGGGCUGGUGCAAACCCUGGUUUCCACGAGGCAAUAGGGGAUACAAUAUCUCUCUCCGUGGCCACACCAAAGCACUUGAAGGCCGUUGGUCUUUUGGAGCAAAGCCCAGAGGAUACAGAGACUGGCAUAAAUUACCUGUACAAAAUUGCCCUCGACAAGGUUGCCGGAAUCCCUUCGAUGUACGUCUACGAUCGCUGGCGUUGGAACGUGUUCAAAGGAAAGUAUCAAUCCGAACAGUUGAACAAGGGAUGGUGGGACCUUCUUCUAAUGCACCAGGGCAUCUGUCCAGGAGUAGCCCGCACACCGGAAGACUUUGAUCCUCCUUCUAAAUAUCACAUUUCUGCAAGCGUCCCCUACAUAAGAUAUUUUGCCAGCACAGUAUUACAGUUCCAGUUCUACAAGGCCCUCUGUGAGGAGGCCAACCACAAAGGACCACUUCACGAGUGUGACUUCUAUCAGUCAAAGGAGGCUGGAAAGCUAUUUGGUGACAUCUUGGCAUUGGGAUCAUCGAAGCCGUGGCCCGAGGUACUGGGGAUGUUAACCAAGAACAGGACGACGAAAAUGGACGCGGGACCGCUUCUGGAAUAUUUCCAACCCCUGCUCGAAUGGCUUCGUAAACACAACGAGGGAAAGUUCGUCGGCUGGAAAAGCGACGACUCGACCGCUUGCCCCGCUCCGCCGUCGAAGGCUUGCUGA